GUGUUUUCCAUCGGAUGUGUACGCUGGUUUGAGUGGCGGUUGCUAGUUUGCGUAAUUGUGUAUGUGUGUAUGCGUGUGCGGGAGUAACGCUCAAAAACGGUAAAUUCGCUGAAGUAACGAAUACGCAGAAAAUUUGAAAAGAGCUCUGGAAAACUUUAAAAUAUUUUUAUCUUCGGGCCAAAAAAUAGCAAAUCAUAAAAACACAUAUUUUAUUGCUAUUGCUGCGGAAUUCGGUGCGCUGUGGCAAUUCAAAAGUGUUUUCGACUUCUCCCAUAAACGACAAUUGCAUUUAGAUUAGGCACAAACUCAGCUUGUUUAAACAAAAAGUUGCGAAUCCAAAUAACGAGGCAAGAUGUCGACGAGCCCCAAGCCGGUGAAGAAAGUGCCGAUACACCUGCAGAGCGCUCAGAAUCGUGUCUAUAUAAAAAACGGUGAAAUAGUCAAUCAUGACAAGUCCUUCAAGGCCGAUGUCUACAUUGAGGAUGGCAUUAUCAAAUUCGUUGGCCCCCCCUCGGAGAUUACUAUACCAGGUGGCGUGCGGAUAAUUGAUGCGGCUGGUCGACUCAUUAUACCCGGCGGUAUAGAUCCCCACACUCAUAUGCAGUUGCCUUUUGGUGGUGCGGUGGCUGUCGAUGACUUCUAUCAUGGCACUAAGGCGGCUAUUGCCGGCGGAACUACCAUGAUAAUCGACUUUGUGUUGCCCAACAAACAUGAAUCGAUGAUCGAGGCCUAUGAUAAGUGGCGUAGCUGGGCCGAUCCCAAGGUCUGCUGCGAUUACGGCCUGCAUGUGGGCAUUACUUGGUGGUCCAAAUCGGUAUCCGAGGAAAUCGGCAUCCUGUGCAAGGAGCUGGGCGUGAAUUCCUUCAAAACUUUUAUGGCCUAUAAGGGACUAUAUCAGUUAAAUGACGCCGAUCUCUUGGAUGUAUUCGAGCGCAUUAGGAGCUUGAAUGCUGUGGCUAUGGUGCAUGCCGAAAAUGGAGACAUUAUAGCCAAGAAUACGCAGCGUUUGCUGGCCGAGGGCAUUACUGGACCCGAAGGUCACGAAUUGUCGCGCCAGGAGGAAGUGGAGGCCGAGGCUGUGCAUCGCGCCUGUAUUUUAGCUCAUCAGGUUAAUUGUCCACUAUAUGUGGUCCAUGUUAUGAGCAAAUCGGCGGGCAUUGAAGUGGCCCGAGCCCGUCAACGCUAUCGUGGUCGCUUCAUAAUGGGCGAGACUUUGGCGGCAGCACUGGGAACCGAUGGGACCCAUUACCGUUGCCAGCACUUCGAUCAUGCGGCAGCCCAUGUGCUGAGCCCCCCUCUCAGACCCGAUAAGACGACGCCCGAGUUUUUGAUGAAACUGCUGGCUAACGAUGACUUGCAGUUAACGGGUAGCGACAAUUGCACCUUCAACAAGGAGCACAAGGCUAAGGGCUUGAACGACUUCACCAAAAUCCCCAACGGCGUGAAUGGGGUCGAGGAUCGCAUGUCGCUGGUGUGGGAGAAGGGCGUGCAUGCCGGCCUGCUCGAUCCUUGCCGUUUUGUGGCUGUGACCAGCACCAAUGCAGCCAAGAUUUUCAAUAUCUAUCCACAAAAAGGAAGAAUUGCUGUUGGCUCCGAUGCCGAUGUGGUCAUUUGGAAUCCAAACGCCACGCGUACUAUUUCCAAGGAUACGCAUCACCAGGCGUGCGACUUCAACAUUUUUGAGGGCAUGACUGUGCACGGUGUGCCCGAAUUUGUGCUCGUUCAUGGUCGGAUUUGUGUGGAGAAUGGCUUGGUGCGAGUGGCCGAGGGAUUUGGGCGCUUCGUACCCACGCCCGUGCGUCCUCCUUUUGUCUACGACAUUAUUGAGGGCAAGGUAAAGCCAACUGCUGACGAACAGCACGAGGAGAAAAUGAAUGGGAAUAUGGCCAAGAAGUUUGCCGAACUGGACAUACAAAUACCGCCAGAGGAGCCCAUAUUUGACGGCAACUUAGCGGGUCCCGCAAUUUCACCAACUUCCACCCACACGAUGCUUGGCCGUGUCGAUGGUAAACGAGAUAUGCAGGAGUCUAGCUUCUCCAUUAGCGAGGAGCUGGACAGAUCGAGCGUGCGUGCAUGCAUUAGAGUCAAGAACCCACCUGGGGGAAAAUCCAGCGGUUUUUGGUAAAAACCACCUUUGAUCUGGAUACUGGAACUUUGACGCGCUCAAAUCGCACAAACGCGGAGGCUCUAGGGUCAUUUCAAAUUGGCAUUUAACAUUUAAGUUCUGCAACAAAACCAAUACUAAACCAAAUCGAAUCAAACUAGAACUUAACAACAUAAUUAUAACAUCAUAAUUGUAUGGAAUGCUUAUAUACUGAAUCGGUGUGAACGUAAUUAUUAUCAUAAAUACAUAUGUAAAGCCUUAACCUGACCUAUUUACGCUUGGUUUAAUCAUAUUUUCACCAUACAUUUUUAAUCUUACUCCCUAAUAUUAAAAGAUACCCCAAAUAAUGGAAGUAAUAAAUAAUUUUUCGCUUAGUUCUUAAUAAUGUCUUAAUUCCGUUUAAAUAUAUUGCUUUAAACCGGCAAUGGUGAAAAUUCGUUAUAAUUUAUCAGAAAGUUGUUAUGAUUUCCAAUAUCCCCUUACAUUUAACUUGUUUGGAGGGCUUAUAAACUUUAAUAUGCGAAAAGAUUGCAGUAAUUGUUUGAAUAGUUUAAGAUGCCUUGAUAAAUUCAUUUACAUAAUUGUAAUUCUCAUGAAAAUUGUUUAUUGAUAAUUAUUUAGCGCAAUUUAUACAGCAUCUUCUAUAAUAUUUAUAUAUACAUAUAAUAAAAUAUGUGUACCACUCGUACUAUA